GCGGGGAGGCGCCCAGGGGGGAGGCAGUCUGUCUGUGGCUGUGGUGGCGGCUACCUGGGCGUGUGGCCAGGUGUUAUUUUGUUGAGGGCGACGGGGAGCGGCGCCCACAUCCUUGGUGCGCAGGACAGGUAUUCCCGCACGUCCAUCACCUCACAGCAAGACGGUGCCUCUGUGAGCUGGUGGAGGCUUGGUGCCUGCCGGGAGGUUCCUGGAAGGGCCGGGAGCUGCUCACUAAGGGCAGGAAGGCUCAUAAUAUUGGUGAGGAGCGGCAGUGACAGCAGCAGCAGCAGCAGCAUGGCGGAGCAGAGGCCCGGCGGGGCCCAUAAACCCUGCUUCCCAAAGAGUCCCCAGGAUCACAGGGGCCGAGGCUACAGAACAAGGUGGCAUGGAGCAGUGUUGGAGUUGGCAGUUGACAGUUAUUCCCAGUGGGUCACGGCCCACAGCGGCCUGGCUUGGUUGUGGCAUGAGCCGGCUGAUGUACUGGAGGCGUGGUUUCGUCGGCCAAUGGUUGAAAUGCUCCCAGUAAAGUCUUAUGACACGUGGCAUUUGCAGCACUACCAUGAGACAAGCACAGUAGAUUUCAACUCCAGUGCCAUGGAAGUACAAGAGGACGUGGAAGCCCUGAAGAAGAGGAAUGCUUCCAAAGAAAAGUUUUCCUGCAAGGUCUCUGCACACCACCCACUCUGCCCCUUCUUCCCAGCUCCUGGUGGAGAGGGUACAUGUAUAGAGGCAUGAAGUCCAAAAGCAUCAGCAAACUUCAAGCAACUCACACUUCUCCAUGCCUCUUCACUCCGUCGACCUGGGACUUAGUGGACUGAGUUUCUCCAAACCUUUCCAGGAGUUGUCACAACAGUCUUGCUGAAGACACGAAGUGAAGAUCUUUCCCAUCCUCACCAUGUACGUGUUGUAAGCAUGCACGUCAUCAGAGUUGCCAGGUUGUAGACUGAUUUCCUGUGGAAUCCCGUCCCAAAACCAGCCCAAAAACCGUGACCUCCAUCUCAAAAAAAAAAAAAGCGGAAAAACAGCCCAAAACUUGAACCAUCACGAGUGUGUAUGUUUGAUACUCAAGAUGACUGACAGGUAUAACAUAAAGGGAAAACACAUUUUUCA